AUGGUCACAGGCACUGGAAAGCCAGACAAGGCUGCAUUUGAUGCAGAGCAAGAGAGAAUCAGAACUGAAAUCGAUGGCUUGCAGACUAAACUUGCUGCCGUCCGGGCAAAAAUAUCUUCGACGAACAAGUCUGAUACUGGAAACGACAAACGGGCAGCUCUUAAGGCUGAACUGGAUAGCAUACGCGGUCAACAGUCAUCUAAUAAGUUAAACCGAGGCAAGACACACGAGCAGCUCAAAACGAUUCAAGAUGGUAUUCAGAAAAAGAUAAAGGACCUGCAAGCUGCUCGUGGCAAAACACCAUUCAAAACCACAGCAGAUGUCGACGCUCAUAUCAGCAACUUGGAAAAACAAGUGGAGUCUGGUAGUAUGAAAGUUGUGGAUGAAAAGCGUGCCCUUCAGGAGAUCAGCCAGACUCGUCGGACGCGUAGAAUGGUCGAAAAGUUCCAGGCAGACCAAGAGUCGAUUGAAGCUGACCGCCAAGAAGCCGACCGACUGAAGAAACUGCUUGAUGACCCGGAGUCCAAGGAAAUAUCUGAGCGUUUUGAUACCAUCAAAGCUGAACUGGACGAACUCAAAAAGGAAUCUGACGAGGCGUAUGCAGGCCGAAACAAGCUUUUUGAAGAACGAGACAGUAUUCAAGCACAACUAAACGCUCUCUUCAAUGAGAAGCGUGAGGCAGCAUAUCAUUUCCGGGAGGCGAAUGACCGGUAUUGGACCAAGGUGAACGAGGACCGCGCUCGACGUCUUGAGAAAGCUCGUGCUCAACGUGAUGCAGAAGAAGCACAGAGGAAAUUGGCAAUCGCCGACGGUCUGCGUGAAGAAGCGUCAAUGCCUGCAUUCCAAACGCAGAUUGAAGAUUGCCAGACUCUCAUUGACUUUUUCUCUGGAAAGUCCUCUGGCAAUGUAGUGUCGUCAUCCUCAUCUGUACCAGCCAAAUCCGAUGUUUCUGGUGUUCCGCAGUUGGAGAUUCGACAGGUGGAUGCAGUUGGGGAGACCAUGGUGGCACUGAAAAAGAAAGAUGAAGAAUCGUAUUUCGUUGGGAAAGGGAAGAAAGGAAAGAAAACCCCCAAAGCCACCUCUCCAGCUGAUACCAGCGCCAUUCAUCUACCUUACGGCCAAUUAUCCGCUCUACUUUCGCUAUCUAUACCGCCUCCGACGGACCAGGCUGAUGUUCCUCGCGUUAUCGAGGACCUGAAGACAAAGAAAGCCUGGUUUGAGGCUAACCAAGUUCGUCAAACAGCGGAAAACAUAGCCAAAGCCGAGGCGGAGAUCCGACGUCUGACGAAUGGCGCCAAGCCUAAUGGCAAGCGGAACGUGACCGUAUCCCCACCGAACGGCGGUAGCGAGCCUCUAGAACCUGCUCUCACUCCUUCGGGUAGCGCAACUCCACGGAUUGAUGAUGAGGUCGAGGAGAAGCUUGAGGAGGUUCAGGUUAACGACACUGAGGAGAACUAG